AGAGACAAGGCCGGGGCCCACUUUUAGACGCCAGGCUCUGGAAGGUCCGGCAGCGAUUAGGAAAAGCAGCGCCCUCCCCGCCCCGAGGGCUCCUGAGCAGAGGCGCCCUUUCGCGAGGCGGACGCAGCCUGCAGGCCGUGCGCUCCCUCGCGCGCCGCCCUCCUUCGCCCGGCCCUGGCAAGGCGGCGUCGGGGUUGGCCGCUGGGCGCGGUUACGGGUGGGCAGGUCGAGGCGGCCACCCGUGUCUCGGCAGCCGGGAGAGAGAGGCGCGAGGAGGCGGGAGCGAGCGCCACGGAGUCGCUGCAGCUGGCGGGCCAUGGGGAGCCCGAAGGACGAGCUGCUCAAGCCCAUCUGGCACGCUUUCACCGCCCUCGACUUGGACAGGAGCGGCAAAGUCUCCAAGUCGCAGCUCAAGGCAAGUCAGGAGGGAGGCAGCCAGGCCCUCCAGGGCGCCGGGAGGGCUCCAGCCAGGGCUGCGCCUCCUGCCUCCUGGGCUGUCGGUGGCCGACGCUUUCUGCCUUCCUGGCGGCGAGGCACUUCCCUUUUUACGGAGCGCUCUAGGCGGCUGGCCCGGGGGGAAGUGGCGGGGCAGCGGGGAGAGAGAGAAAGAGAGGAAGGAACGACUGGCUGGCUGGCUGGCGUGGCAAAAACUGGGUGGUUGAGCGGGGCUCUCCAGACGCGACACCUCGGAGAGCGCUUCUGGAAACUGAAUAGAAAGGGAGGGCAAAGAGCAGCCCCCCCCCCAAUCCCCCGGCCUGUCUUGCAAAACAGGCGGUCCCCUUUCUUGGUCUAAGGGAGCAAAGUGCUCACCUCCUCCAAAUCUGGUGAGACGACCACCCACUGCAGCAUUAUUAACAUGGGUAAAAGCUCCCCUGGUGGAAUUAAUAUAGGUAACAGGGUUUUCCUCCUCAGGACCUGGACUUGGCAACCCUCAUUGUUCAGAGCUGCUCUGGGCUCAGUUUCUCCGUUUCAGAAGCAAGGAAGGAGAAGCACUUUCCUAUUUAGGAGCACUGGAAGCUGCCUUAUACUGAGUCAGGCCCAUCAGGCUGACUGGCUCUUCAGGUGGGAGUCUGCCCCAGCCCCACCUGGAGAUGCUGGGGCUUGAACAGGGCAGGAGGGCCUUCUGCAAGUAGGAUGCUCUACCACUGACUGAGGUAGUGGCCCUCUGCAAGGGUCUCCCAGGGAAUGUAAAGUAACAGCCUCUCAGCCACAGGGAGGGUGCCAGCCCUGCAAUACUUCGCUGCGGUUGUCAUUUGAGCUCCUCGCAGAACAGGUUAGCGAAGGUUUUGCUUUAACGAGAUGAUUUGUUUAAACUGCUUGGGUGCCCAAGAUGAGAGUUUUCAUGCCCAUCAAAGAAGGAACUCCAGGAGGGCUGAGUUGGUGUCUUGAAAGCAAGCAGAUGUGGUGAGACUCAAAAGCUGUUUGGCCCACUUAAUAAACCAGUCAGUUUUAAAGCUACUAGAUAGUGUUGAUCAAGCAAUAUCUUUUAUGACAAAUCUUGAAAGGGAAGUAAAUGGUUGCUUAUUUUUUUGUCAAGUGUCUUAAUAAAGAUGUCAUUAAGUCAGAGUUGCUCUUUUGUUUGGCUGCCCUGUAUCUCAGCCAAUUCAAGAGGAUGGGUUAACUUGACUAGUAUAACAUUUACACCUGAUGCGUUACAUUUUCUGUGAGCCAUGCCAGUCAGGGCCAUUUGACACAACCCUGCUGGUGUGUUGACUGUCUGUCAUAGUAGGUUCAGUGGAACUGUGCAGUGUUGUGUGACUAGCUUUGCCAUGUGUCAUCUCGCAGAUCGUUCACCAUGCUGCAGUCAUGAGUACGAUCUGUUCGAACCUAGGCAGUACCAAUAACCCAUUUAAUGUAGUGGAACUAGAGUAACUGCUUUAGAAGUGGCUGCAGAUAAAUUUAUUAGGCACAUCUAAAAAGUAUUAUUGGAUUAUGGUCCAAAUCACUUCAGUACCAGAUGUAUGGUUUGAUUGUUUCAGUUAAUCCCUUGGGUGGUUAGGUGGGGUGAGAAGGCUUGCUUUAGGUGGCAGAAUUUGGCAUACUGCUAAAGGGCAUAAAAUUUAAGCAGUGUAGCUAAUUAUCAACUUGAGAAGGGCUGUAGCUGUGAGACAGAGCAUCUGUGUUGCAUGCAGAAGGUCCCAGAUUCAAUCCUGCUUAUCGUCAGCUAGGACUGUGAGAAGACUUCCAGUCUGAAAUCAUGGAGAACCACUGCUGCCGCUCGCUGUAGACAAAACUGAGCUGAAUGGGCUAGUGGUUUGGCACUGCGUAAUACAGCUUUCUAUUUUUGUGCCUAUAUUUACCACCUUGUAAAAGUCUGUUUGUCUUUUCUGCUUCAGAUGCCAAAAUGUCUUCCUCUAGAAUAUUCUCUAAUAUUACUUGUUGUUGUCUGCUUCAUAAUUCAUUUAUUUCCAGUGGUAGGACUGGACUCGGGUUUCUGGAACAGUUUAGGAAGAAACAGUUUUACCAGGUCUGGCUGUUUACUCGUCUAGCUAAGUAUUACUUACUCUGACCAGCAGCAGCUCUCCAGAGUAUCAGACAGAUGACUUCUCCACCACCUUUUACCUGAUUCUUCUAACUGGAGAUGGCAGGGGUUGAACCCAGGGCCUUCUGCAUACAAACAGAGCAUGUGUUCUGCCACUGAACAAUGGUUCUUUCUCCCCUGUAGCCUGCUGUUCUAAACACUGAAGUUGGGUAGCAGGCUGCUCUGAAGCAAAGGCAAACUAUCUGAGGAAAGUUACUUGGGAAGGGAACCUUUUCCAUUAAAAAAUUAUUAGAUGAGUAGUUAUGUCAGGCUAAAGAUCCAACGUGAACAGCUCUUGGUCUGAAGCAUAAAUUUGCACCCUAGAAUCCUGUUGUCUCUCUGACGUCUCUUGAAAUAUUAAUGGACAAUAAUUGGUGAUUAUUUUUGUACAUCUUUCUGUGCUUUGUAGAUGUACAGCACGUAGUCCAGGCUAUCCCAGGCCACGAUUGGGGCUGCCAGGCACAAUUGUAAUGGAGCUGAUUAAUAUGUACUGUUUUGCUAUCACAGUUCUUCCAUUUUUGUGUUUCAUAGCUAACAAACUUGAUUUUAUCUUUUGCACCAUAAGAAUACCUCAAAUACCGCUCCCUCCCACUUUAGUUGCUUGUUGUGGCCAACACUUUUCUUUCUACCCCAGUGGCCCACAACAUUCAGGCACCCAAAUAAAAGAAUUGGCUUUGUUCCAGCUCUGUGUGGAGCCUGCCAAUGUUGGGGAGGCAGAGAUUCUAUACUGCUCUCUUAUUCAAGUACAAACAGGAGAAGUAGUGAAGAGGGCCUGUUCUUUUUCUUGCCACAUACUCCAAGGAGUGUUCUCCACAGAACUCUCACACAGUUUGUGGAACUUUGAUCUAUGAAUUUGGGCACACUCCAUCAGACACUUUUGGCCCUAAAUUCCUCUGGUUAAGCCAGCUCUGAAAAAUGUUUUGAAUAGGGCUCUACACCUGUGGGAUGCUUCAGACAGUAGGUCAUUGUGCUGAUUACUGGGCCAGCUGUAGUCUGUGCUGCUGAUGGCCAAACUGAACCCUGUCAAUAGCUCAGAGCAGUCUUUCUAGCUGUACAGUGAAACUGAGGGGACUUGGUAUGCUGCGGAGCUGUGAGAGAAAACAUGAUUAUUUCUGAACUCUUAUUUGCAUUUGCAUUUGUAAGGGAAAACAGAACCCCACCAGCUCUUCCUGUGUGUGGUAUUUUGAUUUACUUGUGUGGUGUUUGGUCCUGUUCUGUGCAACUGUUCUUGGGCAGAAUAGUGCCAACAUUUGAAACAUUUUGCAUUGAAAAAACAUUUGGAACAUUUUGCGUAAUGUCUGGAGUUACAGAUCCUCAACCCAGUCAAAAACUCAUGUACUUAGUUUGCAUAUGCUGAAAUUGUUGCCUUGGAAUUUGGAAGUGGCUUUGGACAUUGUGGUGUAGAUAGACUGACCAAGAGAAGUGCAAACACCUUGCUCUUCUUGUUCCUUGUACUUCUCUGUAAUGUCCCAAACAGAAUGUUUAUAUCUUGCCACCCACCCACCCCCACUGCCUAAACAGUGAGAGAUGCAAGCUGUCCCUGCAUCAGGUGCAUGCUCACCUUAGUGCAAGGGGAGACAUGAUGUGUUGUAUUUUGGGCAUUAUGGAGAAGUGUAGGGAACAGAAAGUGUUUGUGUUUUCUGUUCUUUCCUCAUACUUGUAACAUUCAGAGCAACUCUGAAUAACCUCUAGUUAGUACAAUGGGGUCCUGGUAUAUCCAAUGUCUGUGUGAAGCUACAGUGUAAAUUUUCUCCUGCUUUUCAUGUUGACAGUCCUUGAGGAAAAAACCCUGCCGUUUAAGCAAGGAGUUGGAGAAUUAAGAUGCUUCUCAGUUAAGGUUGUCUGCAUCACACCAGCUCUUGCACUGCUUUAUGAUGAAGUCACAUCAUGUAGGGUUUCUUCAACUGCUGCCCUGCAAGCUCACAUCAUGAGCUUGCAGGGCAGCAGUUGAAGAAGGAGCAAAAAGGGUUUUCUUGUGUGUGUGUGUUUCUUUGUGGCUGAUUAGCUGCUCUCCCUGUGCAAAGGUCAGAGGGGGCAGGGUUUCUGUUGAGGCAGGUGAUUAGCUGUGGGAGGAGCUUAUCAGAGCUUGUAGGGCAGCAGUUGAAGAAGGAGCAAAAAGGGUUUUCUUGUGUGUGUGUGUUUCUUUGUGGCUGAUUAGCUGCUCUCCCUGUGCAAAGGUCAGAGGGGGCAGGGUUUCUGUUGAGGCAGGUGAUUAGCUGUGGGAGCGGCGCGCGCAGUUUGAUCCAUCUUUUAGAUUUAGGGGAGCUAGUCUCAAACGUUUGUUGGGGGAGACCUAGGUUUUUUGUGGGGGGAGUUAUUUGUCCUGUCUUCACACUUUUUAUGAUGGAGGACCGCUGUAGCCACCCCCAACGACACGUUCUCAAGAUGGAGGGGGAGGGAACAGCUGCAGUCGCCUGCGGUUCCUGCGCAAUGUUUGCCAUCUUGCCAAAGGUUGCAGGCAGCUUUACCUGCAGCAAUUGCAUGUUGAUUGCCCUCUUAAAAGACAAAGUCCAGCAACUGGAGGAACGUGUAGCUACGCUCCAAAGAAUUAGAGAGCUGGAGCUCUUCUUGGAAGCAACAGAGCACACCGUCUCCACCAAGGAGGAGACAGGGGACUCCCCUGAGAAGGAGGCUAGUUCACCAACACAGGAGCCAGAUAUAUGGAGAAACGUGACUCAAAGAAGUAGGAGGCCCAGGGUUCGCUCUGAUUGUUUAGAAAUACACAAUACGCUUUGAGGUCCUCUCCCUAGCAUGGAAGACGAAGAGCAGACUCCAUUUGAGGAUCUCUCCUCAUUACAGUCGAUCAGGUAUAUGAAGACGAGCAGCAAAGUCAGUCCUCAGGGAAUGUGCAGGCGACCUUGGAACGGACAGCUCACGGAAGAACCCCGACCAAACCUAAGAGGAGGCGUGUAGUGGUGAUAGGGGAUUCCCUACUGAGGGGAACAGAAGCAGUGAUCUGUGGGCCUGACAAGAUGUCUCGGGAAGUGUGCUGUCUCCCGGGCUAAGAUCCAAGAUGUAACUGAACGACUGCAAGGAAUCAUAAAACCCACUGACAAAUACCCCUUCCUCUUGGUUCAUGUGGGAACCAAUGACACUGCAAGCAAUAGCCUCCAGAAGAUCAAAAGAGACUACGAGGCUCUGGGCAGGAAAUUGAAGCAAUUAAAUGCACAAAUUGUCAUCUCAUCUGUCCUCCCAGUUGAACGACGUGGCCCAGGGAGAGAGGGACCAAUAGUGGAAGUGAACAGCUGGCUUCGCAAAUGGUGUAAACAGGAACGGUUUGGAUUCUUAGAUCACGGACUGCAGUUUCUUGAAGAUGGACUUCUGGCAAGUGAUGGGCUGCACCUCACAACGGUUGGGAGAAAUGUUUUUGCCAAAAAUCUCAGAAACCUCCUCAGGAGGGCUUUAAACUGACUAAUGUGGGGGAGGGAGACAGUGCUCCUGAAGGUAGGAGUCUAUCAAUUGAUGAAGAUGAUCAUCCAAAUGUCAUAGACCAAAUGGAGCAAACAGCACGCAGACCUAGUGGUGGGAGGAAAAAAUCCUUAAAUAAGAGACACGGGGGAAUGAUUAAUGGACUUCAAUGUCUGUACACUAAUGCGCAAAGCAUGGGAAAUAAACAAGAUGAGCUUGAGCUCUUGGUACAACAAACAAAAUAUGACAUAAUAGGCAUCACUGAAACCUGGUGGGAUAAGUCCCACGAUUGGAAUGUAAUAAUGGAGGGAUACAAUCUAUUUCAGAGAAACAGACCAGACAAGAAAGGAGGAGGAGUGGCGUUAUAUGUCAGGGAUGUGUAUACCUGUGAAGAGAUCCAAGAUUUAGAACCUCAAAGCCAAAGUGAGAGCAUUUGGGUCAAAAUUAAGGGAGAGAAGAAUAACAGUGACCUCAUUGUGGGAGUUUACUAUAGAUCCCCAAGCCAAACGGAGGACAUAGAUGAUGCCUUCCUGGAACAGAUGGCCAAGCAUGCAAAAGGAAGGGAGAUAGUAGUAAUGGGGGACUUCAAUUACCCGGAUAUUUGUUGGAUGUCAAACUCAGCCAAGAGCAUAAGGUCAAACAGAUUCCUCACUGGCCUUGCAGACAACUUCAUUGUCCAGAAAGUGGGAGAAGCAACAAGAGGAACAGCCAUUUUAGAUCUGGUCCUAACCAAUGUUGAUGACCUGGUUAGUGGGGUAGAAGUGGAAGGAUCAUUAGGCGCGAGUGAUCAUGCUCUUCUGAAGUUUACUAUACAGCGGAAAGGAGCAGCCAAGCAUACUAGGACUCAAUUUCUUGACUUUAAGAAAGCCGACUUCAUAAAACUUAGGAAGUGCUGGGUGAGAUCCCAUGGACAGUAAUACUAAAAGGAAAGGGAGUUCAUGAUGGCUGGGAGUUUGUUAAGAGGGGAUAGUAAAAGCACAACGUCAGGCAAUACCAAUGAGACAGAAACAUGGAAGGUGCCUAAAGAAGCCAGGGUGGCUAUCUAAAGAACUUUUAACUGAGUUAAGAUUUAAAAAGGAUGUGUACAAAAAUGGAAAAGGGGGAAACCACCAAAGAGGAAUUCAAACAAAUAGCCAGCACGUGUAGACACAAAGUCAGAAAAGCUAAAGCACAGAAUGAACUCAGGCUUGCUAGAGAGGUUAAAAGCAACAAAAAAGGCUUUUAUGGGUAUGUUCGUAGCAAAAGGAAGAACAAAGAAACAGUGGGGUCACUCAGAGGAGAAGAUGGUGAAAUGCAAACAGGGGACACAGAAAGGGCUGAACUCCUCAAUGCCUUCUUUGCCUCAGUCUUCUCCGAUAAAGAAAACAAUGCCCGACCUGAAGAAUUUGAAGCAAAUGAUUCAGCAAAGGAAACACAGCCCAGAAUACCUAAGGAGAUAGUACAACAAUACUUGGCUAGUUUAGAUGUAUUCAAGUCUCCAGGGCCAGAUGAACUGCAUCCAAGAGUAUUAAAAGAACUGGCAGAUGUGAUCUCAGAACCACUGGCAGUCAUCUUUGAGAAUUCCUGGAGAACAGGCGAAGUCCCGGCAGACUGGAGGAGGGCAAAUGUUGUCCCUAUUUUCAAAAAGGGGAAAAGAGAGGACCCAAAUAAUUACCGCCCAGUCAGUCUGACAUCAAUACCAGGGAAGAUUCUGGAGCAGAUCAUUAAGCAAACAGUCUGUGAGCACCUAGAAAGGAAUGCUGUGAUCACCAAUAGUCAGCAUGGAUUUCUGAAAAAUAAGUCAUGUCAGACUAACCUGAUCUUGUUUUUGACAGAAUUACAAGCCUGGUAGAUGAAGGGAACGCAGUGGAUGUAGCCUACCUUGAUUUCAGCAAGGCAUUUGACAAGGUGCCCCAUGAUAUUCUUGUAAAGAAGCUGGUAAAAUGCAGUCUUGACUAUGCUACCACUCAGUGGAUUUGUAACUGGCUGACUGACCGAACCCAAAGGGUGCUCAUCAAUGGUUCCUCUUCAUCCUGGAGAAGAGUGACUAGUGGGGUGCCACAGGGUUCUGUCUUGGGCCCGGUCUUAUUCAACAUCUUUAUCAAUGACUUGGAUGAUGGACUCAAGGGCAUCCUGAUCAAAUUUGCAGAUGGCACCAAACUGGGAGGGGUGGCUAACACCCCAGAGGACAGGAUCACACUUCAAAACGACCUUGACAGAUUAGAGAACUGGGCCAAAACAAACAAGAUGAAUUUUAACAGGGAGAAAUGUAAAGUAUUGCACUUGGGCAAAAAAAUGAGAGGCACAAAUACAAGAUGGGUGACACCUGGCUUGAGAGCAGUACAUGUGAAAAGGAUCUAGGAGUCUUGGUUGACCACAAACUUGACAUGAGCCAACAGUGUGACACGGCAGCUAAAAAGCCAAUGCAAUUCUGGGCUGCAUCAAUAGGAGUAUAGCAUCUAGAUCAAGGGAAGUAAUAGUGCCACUGUAUUCUGCUCUGGUCAGACCUCACCUGGAGUACUGUGUCCAGUUCUGGGCACCACAGUUCAAGAAGGACACUGACAAACUGGAACGUGUCCAGAGGAGGGCAACCAAAAUGGUCAAAGGCCUGGAAAGGAUGCCUUAUGAGGAACGGCUAAGGGAGCUGGGCAUGUUUAGCCUGGAGAAGAGGAGGUUAAGGGGUGAUAUGAUAGCCAUGUUCAAAUAUAUAAAAGGAUGUCACAUAGAGGAGGGAGAAAGGUUGUUUUCUGCUGCUCCAGAGAAGUGGACACGGAACAAUGGAUCCAAACUACAAGAAAGAAGAUUCCACCUAAACAUUAGGAAGAACUUCCUGACAGUAAGAGCUGUUCGACAGUGGAAUUUGCUGCCAAGGAGUGUGGUGGAGUCUCCUUCUUUGGAGGUCUUUAAGCAGAGGCUUGACAACCAUAUGUCAGGAGUGCUCUGAUGGUGUUUCCUGCUUGGCAGGGGGUUGGACUCGAUGGCCCUUGUGGUCUCUUCCAACUCUAUGAUUCUAUGAUUCUAUGAUUCUAGGGUUGAUGGGGCUUAGUAUAUUUAUUUAAUUGUCCUUCUAGAAUACUGUUAUAAGUUUUGUUCAGUUACUGUUUUCGCAUUUUCAGACAUCAACAUAGUAAAAUCACAGCAUCUCUCUUCUGGAUGGAAUUAUAGAUUGCUUAUUACUGUAUAGUCUUCAUGGGUGCCCUGUCGGUUUUUCAUCCCAGCGCUAUUACGCCUUAUUAAUGUUUCUCUAAUUUUAAGGUUGAAACCUGACUUGCUAACAAGAAUCAUGCAGUUCAUUCAAAGCGAAUAAUUAUUAGACUCAGUGAGACACAAGGAAGGAGGAAGUUCUGCUAGUAGAAAGUUGAUUGCAUUUGGCAAGAAGCUUAUUAAGGAAAUAACACAUCUUGCAGUGCUCCAUGGCAUUGUGGAACUUGGUAUUAUUGUACUUUAUAUGUCACUUGGAAUGAACGAAACACCUAGAAAUAAAAUGUAAUGGGCAGGAUUCAGCUAAGGAGUCCUAUCAGUGGAAGGUCUGCACAAGGACUUCUGCUUGUGCAAUGGGUUUUCCCCCUCUCCUCAUGUGUUCCCCCAAAUUGGUUCUGGGGUGGUUGGGAGCACCCCCAGAACAUUGUGUGGAGAGAGGAGAGGGGGGAAUAACUCUGUCUGGCAAGCUGAAAUUCCUCCCCAUGAAUUGAAAGAAAAUAAUAAUAAUAAUAAUAAUAAUUUAUUUAUACCUUCCCAGCUACUCUGGGCAGCUUCCAACAGAACAUUAAAAUACAACAACCUAUUAAACAUUAAAAGCUUCCCUAAACAGGGCUGCUUUUCUAAAACACACCCUUAUGCAUAUGAUGUCACCCAAGGAGCUUGGCUAUAAAUGUGGUCUGGUUAAUGAGGACUUGCACUGCUGGAUUCUGAAGCUGAUUCACAUUACUACUUUUUAAAACUCCAUCUCCAAAAGUAAAUCUACUAUGGUGGCAGUAAUCUGGCAACUGUCAUGAGUAUGUGUGAGGAGAAAGAGGAUGAAAGAAGGACUUGUAUGAGCUCUGUGGUUGCACCUUGUUUGGUGGUAUCUCAGAGUGCUUCUCAGACUUGUACAUUGGCAUGCUAAGCUUGCUGCCCUUCCUCUUGUAGGUAAGGAUGAAAGAAACCUCAGAAAAAGUUAGCAGGUUAGUUGGGCAUGGAGGCUGAGGUGCACACUGGGAACCUAUUCAGUAGUUAAUAGAUAAUGUUUGGAAUUUGGAACAUCUUGGCUGAUGGCCUAAGUUUUUAACAUGAAGGUUGUGCCAUUAAGGCAGAUUGUGAAAUUUAACUGUAAGAGCUUUUUAUGUGGAAAGUUACUUAGCAACCAUGUGAACCCUAGAAAAAUAAUUAUUGGCAAAAAAAUUAUUCCCUUUUGAGAGAGGCUGAACUUCCUAAUAUCCCAAUUAAGCUUUUUAUUUAAAAACAGUUUAAUAUAAAUGCAUGCAUAAACAGGAAAUACACCUAUGCAAAUAAAUUUAUGUCAUGUGUCUGUUACAUUUGUAUUAUAUUACAAGAAGGAAGAACAAUAUCUGCUUCACUGCGAAGUCCACAAAGGUUCUCUUCCUGUAUCUCUUCUAUUGGUAUAGUCAAUAAAGUGUCACCAGGUUCUAACAGAAGUAUCUUGUUUACCUUGGUCCCCUUAAUAUUUUCAUUUUGCUUGCAAGUUUUUCCAGAAGUCCUUCUUGCCAGACCCUUUUGAUACCAAGAUUCCAAUGUAUUAUUCCAGCAUCUGACAAAAGCCCUUGCUGCAAUUAUUUAGUUUGUUUUUUAAAACAAACAAACAGACAAGUGGCUUACUAGUUUCUUAUUUAUGUUAUUAGCAUCUUGCUCCAAAAGCCACUUUUUAAGCAGCAGAUUACAGCUCAGCUAAGUUAAUUAUAUUGGUAUCCCCUCCCCUCCCCAUUUAUAUCCCAACUUUCUUCUGUCAUGGAACCCAAGGUGGUAGCACUCACUCAUCCAAGGUACUGACCAGACUUGCUUACCUUCAGCAGGUUAGGGCCUUGUAUGCUUUCAGGCCAUACCCUGCAGACAGAGGUUUAGAGCAUGGGUUGGCAAACUAAGGCCCAGGGGCCGGAUCCGGCCCAAUUGCCUUCUGGAUCCGGCACGUGGACAGUCCGGGAAUCGCCGCGUGGAUCGGUGUGGAUCUGAUUCUGAUUGUUUGGGCUGUGCAAUCCCCCCCCUCCCUCACACACACUGCGGCAGUGCCUCCUCCCUCCCUCCUCCUGGCUUGUCCCCGCCCUGUGAAGGAGGAAGGGGUCUGGGCUUUGAUUGGUGCCAGCAGCAGCAGCGUAAUCACUCGAGCAGCUGCCAUUUAAAGCAGUCCCUCUCUGGAGACCUUUUGUGUGCUGCUCAUCAUCUCUGCCGCCAGCCCCUGCCUCUCGCAAGACACAGGAGCUGUGAUUGGCUGAGUACCCCUCUCAAGCAGCUGCCAUUUAAAGCAGCCCCGCUCUGCAGCCCUUUUGUGCACCGCUCAUCGUCCUGCCGCCACCCGGCCCCCCACAAGGUCUGAGGGACAGUGGACUGGCCCCCUGCUGAAAAAUUUUGCCGACCCCUGGUUUAGAGUAUCUUUCUUCUUGCUAUGCUAAUUUAUUGCAAACUCCGCCUGUGGUCUGAAGUAGCAUGCUUACCUCCUUAUUCAUAGUCCCAACAGGUGUCUGAUCUUGCACACAGCAGAUGUGGAAAUUCACAUGACAGUCACCAGACAGCAGGUGUGGACUUGCAUGACUGAAAUUUUCAUAUUUUUUUAAAAAAAGAAAUUUAUACAGAGAGUUGGGUGAAGGGUUAUUGUGGAGCCGUCCCUCGCAUGUGGUCGAUUUCAGUGUUUAAUAUCUUCUUUCAUGAGGAAGCAUUCCAGCAUGUGACCCUUCAGCUGCAGUCUGAAGUGCUUCAGUUGAGACACAGGCUCAUUACCAUAUCUCUGCUGCUUAGUGAGAAUUAGGCCAAAGUGGGGUGGGGAGAGCAGAACUUGGAAACAGCACCUCUCUGAACAGAGGAGGAUUUAGGGGAGCGUGACUGGUUUGGUCGCACUGGGCAUGCAGCCUUGGUGGUGCCUCGAGGGGGGAGGCACCACAACUGAUAUAGAAUGGAAGGUGAGAGACGGGGUGCCAAACGUUGCUGGAAUUUGAAACCCCAAGGUCUGCCACUGCUCUGAAACUGAUAAUCACCUGGAAGUUUCAGCUUAGAGGAGGAAAUGCAUCCAUAAUAAAUAUAAGGAAGUACAUUGCCAACUAAUCAGUAGUACAGCAGGUCUGUAUAACCUGUGAUAUUGUGAAGUGGACUACUGGGGAUUUUGUGAGUUUGAAGGAUGCCAACAAAUAUAAUCCCACCUGCUUCUAAAUCAGCAUGCUCUGCAUUUUCUUUUAUUUAAUCUCAGAGAGGUCAAGUAUAUUUGUGUGUGAUCCUAUUAAGAAUGGGCUGCGUGGGGUUUUUUUGGGGGGGGGGGAUUAAAGUAUGUUGCCAAUAAUCCAGGAAUAAGAGGGUGGAGAACCCAAAUUUGGCUCUCUAUUUUUUCUUUUCUUAAGUUAGAACAUGGCUGCUUCCUUAGUUUUUUAGCAUUGUAGAUGGAAGAUGAUGUAUUUAAUACUACCAGUUCUGCAACUGAAAACAUAUUCUAUCAUCAAAUUGACUGAUGUGUAUGGUUUUGCUGUAUAUUGUUGCAUUCUCAUUGAUUUUCUCACUUGGGGUUUUUUUUUAGGUCCUUUCUCACAACUUGUGUACAUUGCUGAAUGUCCCACAUGACCCAGUAGCCUUAGAAGAGCACUUUAGGGAUGAUGAUGAAGGCCCUGUUUCAAAUCAGGGUUAUAUGCCUUAUUUAAACAGAUUCAUCUUGGAAAAGGUAUGUGCCUCCAGUUCUGUGUAUAAAUACUGUCCUGAAUUUCUUCACUCUCCCCAAUUUCAAAUAUCAUUGCUACAUAUCAGUAAAAAGAAUGAACGUGCAAAGAAAGACACAGCUCUUCUCCAGAUUCUUGAAUACAAUUCAGAAAAGAAAAAGUAACAUAAACUGUGAAAAGAGAGUGUGUGUUAGAUGUGGAAUCCAGGUACACAUCUGCUAAUUUCUGCCAUGUGUGAAGCAACUCUUAAAUCCAACUGCUGUACAGGUAAAUUUAUUGAUAGGCUAAAAAAGAGUCCCAGACAUGCUAUAAGCAUCUUGUAAUCAUGAACAUGUCUGGUGUUGUAGCUUACCAAUAUUGAUUUGACUUUUUCUUUUUAAAUGAGAAUGAAAAUAUUUUUUUGAAACCUACAAAACCUGUUCCCCCCCUCCCCUCAAAAAUUAGUGUGGGAAAGUCUGGAGAAUAGAGACAGACCUGCAAAUAAAUUAGGUACAAUUUAAUGACACUGAACUAAAGGCAAUGUUCUUGAGUGGAGGAAACCCAAGGAAGGCCAACUUUCUGGUUGGUAACUGCAGUUACGUUUGACUGCAGUGAGAACUUUUAGAAGUCUGUUUCAUUUCAUUUUAAUGGUUCUGUUUCACUGAUUUCUGGAUUUUCUGAAAGGCAGUGAUGACUUGCUCAGUGUCUUGAUUGACAUCAGCUUCUUGUUUAGCUAUCAAGAUGCAGAGGAAACUGUAAUAUUGUUUCCUUCCUCUUCCUUCCCCCUUACACACUGUCAGCUAUGCAGCUCUCAAGUGGGCAUCAUGCAAAAUGCUGAAUUACACCCACCUCCCGCCACCCAAGAGAGCUGGUGAUUUACAGGAUCAGGAGAUGGGCUUGUUUAGUCCAGAAUUUACUGUGACGGGCAGGUGUCUUUCCCAACCUUGCAGCCAAAAAUCCUUAAAUGCACACACUCACGACCAUUUGAUACCAGAAACAGAACCUUUAAACUUCUGUGUGACAUAGAACGAUAGUCAACUCCCCAACUCUGUCUGAUCUUGGACAAAAGUUUUUACCAGCUCUGCUUCUGUAGUCCCUUAUAACCAGAGAUGCUAAGAAUGAACCUUGGACCUUUGAGAUGCAAGGCUUGCAUUCUGCCACUUAACUUCACCUCUUCCUGGUAAUUGGCACGCAGCCUGUUUCUGAACACAAGUUGCACUUAUUUGAAAACAAUUUUUUUGUUUGUUUAAUUGUCACUCCAGUGGUUUUAGGAUUAAUCACCUUUGGGUAUUGCAUCUUUAUGGUUUUGACGUGUUUGGUAGAUAUGGGUAGCAUUCUCAGGCGAUGAACACUGGCAUUUUGUAUAAAAAGGGCCAAGUAACGUUUUAGCAGGUCUUCUAUACUUCCCCGCCUCCUCCCGAUUCUUUUGGUAGAAAACUGGAAACUCUGGCUGGCUGUAUUCAGUAUAUUGUUCUGUUGUUUUUCUCCCCCAACUGGUGCCCAUUCAUAGAUUACUCCAGAUAUCACUUUCCUGUGAGAAGUAAUGGCUAUCUGUGCAAGAAAAAACAAUGAGCUCUUGGCUCCACAGGAAAUCUGUUAUUCUGCUGUACAUAUCCCGUGUAAAUCUUAUUGACCACACCGGUCAAGCUCUCAGAACACUUCCUCUUGUGGUCCUGAUUGCAAAUGAAUUAUUUCUCUAGCUCAUUGUGGAGACUGAGUUGCCCUUUAACAAAGUCUACAUUGUUGAACCAAGGGAGCGUGGACAAAUGCCCAGGCAAAAAGAAGCAAAGAGCAGCAGACAUUCCUUUUACUAGAGUAAGGAUUUUGAAUAACUGAAACCCCUAAUUAACAAUAAGCUGUGCUAAAUCAAAAGAUGCCAUGUCCCGAAGGCUCAUGGUUUUAACUAUCUACUCUUUGAAGACUGAACUGCAGGCUAUUCCACUUGGCAAUUCAGGCUGGGUUGGGGAGCAUAAGGGUAGCAACAACCAUGAUUGCCAUGCCGCUGCCAUGUCAACAGUUUUGCACAGUUGCCCUUAAAACCCAUGUUUUAAGAGAGAUUUUCCUGUAGCCAGAACUAGCAUAGGCAUUCUCUGCCCAGUUUGUACAGCUGGCUCAGCUUCACCCUGUCCUAUUUUAAAGACAGGCUGGUAAUGAGCUCACUAUGUGCACAAGUUUGGAUUCUCCAACCUGUAGCCUAUUAAGGACCAGCAGCAGAAUAAAAGUGGAAUAGAGAGACCACUGCAAAGUCUGUCACUCAAGUGUUUCCCCAUAGGUCCCAAUUAAAGCUAGACCUAUGGGCUAGAAGACCUUGGGAACUCCAGACUUAAUAGCCUCUCAUCAUGAGCAACAAAACCUUGUUCUCUUCUUUAUCUACUCAAUGAAAGUAGAACAUGGGCUGAAAUUUUAGCAUUAAUACAAGAUUGUUUAUAAAUUUAUAACCAUAUUUACAAAAAUAUGGAAUUAAUGAAGACAUUCACACAGAACAUUCAUAGGGGGAUCAUAGCUAUAACAUUACACUAUACACAAAGUCAGAACAGUCAGAACUCAUAUGUCACGUGUUUAAUGUUACAAAGCAACUAGGCUUAGAUAGUAAAAGCUGCCUGUUAAAAAACAACAACACAAAUUGGCAAGACACCGAGUUGCCCCUAGAUUAUGAGGCCCUGGGCUGCAGCCUGCUCAGCCUGUAUGUAAAUCCAGCACUUCUUACCCUGCACAACUGUUACUUGUCCUGAGCAAGCAGAGGAGGUGUGAUAUAUAUUACUUUGGGCAGAGCAUUCUCUGUGGUGGUGCGACUGCUAUGGGGCAUUUGAGGAGGCCCACCAAAUCAAUGUUUUGUUUUAGCUUUGGGUCUCUUUUGCGAACUUUUUUUCUUUCUGCAGGUGUUAGGUCAUCUUGCUGCUGUUAUUCCUCACUGGGUAUCUUUAAAUCAUUAACACUGCUUUGCUUCUACUAGGUUCAAGGAAACUUUGACAAAAUUGAAUUCAAUAAAAUGUGUUGGACUUUGUGUGCCAGAAAAAACCUUGCAAGAAAUACCUUGCUCCUUUCUGAUGAUGAUGCUUUUAAAGUGUGGGUCAUCUUCAAUUUCCUAUCUGAGGACAAAUAUCCACUAGUCAUUGUACCAGAAGAGGUAGGAAAUUGUUAUUUCAAGUAUCUGAAUGUUCUUUGUCCAGCUAUGCCUAAACUGGCUGUUUUUCUGCAUUUGCUGUUUCAUUAAAGUAGUUGUAGAAAUAAUCUUUAUGAGCAACAAUGUCUUGGCAGUAAAAUUAGAACAUAAUAGUACACACACACACUUCCUUCCCCAAACUCUUCUGGCUUUUUCUGAUGGGCUGUGGAUCACAACAACAGGUUUUCUAAAAAGAAAGAGACCAGCAUUUUCUAUAGUCUUCCAUAUUUGCAACUCUUUGUGUUCAGGAAUACAGCAGUUUGUUACCUUGGACAACAGCUGCACCUUAGGAUUGCUUUCAUGCUCUUUUAUUCCUAAAGUAUAUAGCAUUCAUCUCCUUCAUUUUUGCACACUCUGAAAUGUAGAGCAGGAACCUUUUGCUGAUAUGGAUACACUGUGCUGAGUUGACAAAGCUGACAGCAACGGUAUAAGAAGAGUCACUGAUCUUUUUUGUUUUCGUAUGGAUGGUUUGUUCAGAAUCUGUGUUGUCUUUUUUUGUACAGAUUGAAUACUUGCUUAAGAAGCUGACAGAAGUCAUGGGAUUAGGCUGGCAUCAAGAACAGUUUGAACAUUACAAGAUCAGCCUCGAUACCAGCUGGGAAGGUCUUUCGGCUUGGGAAUUGAUUGAACUGAUUGGAAGUGGUCGAUUUAGCAAAGGGAUGGAUAGGCAAACGGUAUCUAUGGCAAUUAAUGAAGUCUUCAACGAACUUAUAUUAGAUGUAUUGAAACAGGUGAGAUCUUCAUGCAAGUGCUGACCAUGUUGGCAUACAUAAUUUAUACAGAUAAAUAUGUGAAUUUUUGACUAAAUCACAAAAUGUUGCACCAAGGUUGUCAAAUUUUACAUUAUGAUAAGACAGAUUCUGCAAUCUGUAUAAAAAUAAUUUAGAUGUUUCUAUUUUGCAUGGUCCAUAUAGUUAAAGCUAUGGUUUUCCCAGUAGUAAUGUAUGGAAGUGAGAGCUGGACCAUAAAGAAGGCUGAUCGCUGAAGGAUUGAUGCUUUUGAAUUAUGGUGCUGAAGGAGACUCUUGAGAGUCCCAUGGACUGCAAGAAGAUCAAACCUAUCCAUUCUUAAGGAAAUCAGUCCUGUGUGCUCACUGGAAGGACAGAUCCUGAAGCUGAGGCUCCAAUACUUUGGCCACCUCAUGAGAAGAGAAGACUCCCUAGAAAAGACCCUGAUGUUGGGAAAGAUUGAGGGCACAAGGAGAAAGGGACGACAGAGGAUGAGAUGGUUGGACAGUGUUCUCGAAGCUACUAAAAUGAGUUUGAGCAAACUGUGGGAGACAGUGGAAGACAGGAGUGCCUGGCGUGCUCUGGUCCAUGGGGUCACAAAGAGUCGGACACGACUAAAUGACUAAACAACAACAACAAUUUUGCAUAACUUUAUUCUGCUUCUGCUGGUCAUCAAAGGGACUAAAUCAGUGAAAAUCCUCAACUGUCUCUCUUACAGCUUCUGAGAAUUAAUCAGAAUGUCAAAUCACAUUUUUGUGGCUUUGAGAUACAGAAGCUUACUACUACUACUACUUUUUGUUUUAAUGGAAGUUAAGAUUCUCAGUAUCUUGGAUUAUCUGCCAAGUAUUAAUUUCUGUUUUCCUUUGGUGUAAUCAGAGAAUGCACCACGGUAUUUCUCAUACCCAUGCAUUGUAACACAGUGUUUCUAAACAGAGCUUGAGAAUAAGAAUACAACUCAUUUAGGUGCUUACAUUAUCCCUUAUAUCACAGUCCAGUGAUUUGGGUGAUGGGAGACUUGCUAAUAGUUAACAUGCUUGAUUACCAUAUUUUCAUCUUUGUGUAAUAUAUUCAACAUGAAUUUCUUCAGGCUUGUCGUCUUGAACAUGAAUUCUAAAGAAAAGUGUAGUACUUUUUAAAGCCUUCUGCUGCUUAGUUGUGGUGCCUCAAGUUUGAAUAUGGCUUGAAACAUGCAGCCAUGUGGGGAGAUAAAGAGGAAGCAAGAACUUUCUCAGAGGUGCAGGUGCAGGAGAGUGGGGGUGGGGGGAGCUGGCUUGAACAAAACACCACUAGGGUGUUAAGUUUAGUGAAAGCAAGUGUGUGAGUCAAGUGUUUUUAAGAUUUACAAGAACCUAGGUUCAGAUGUCCAUGGUUGAAUAAAUUCAGGGUUAAAUAAUUAAAAAGCAAGCAGUAGAUUCUAAGAAUAGUUGUUAUUAAUAUUGUUUAAUUGUACCUCAUAAUAGCUACUGUGAUGUCAUUGGCACAGGUCAAACAGCCAACUUUUUCUCUUGUUUUGAGCAAAAAGGAUUUGAGCCUUCCAUGUGAAUGUACCUAUUUAAGUCUUUAUGCCAGCAUGGACAACUUCGCCCUAGGAUUGUUGGCUUCAGCUGCAUUUCCCUUAUUUAAAAAAGUCAAAGGGACCAGAUAACAACAUUGGACUACACUGUUGGGUUGUCAUUCUCCCUCUCCUCCCCCCCUCUUUCUAUGCAACCCAUCUUCCCCAUCAGUAUAAUUGUACAGCAACCCUGGGCUACUUUGAAAGGCUGUUUGGUUGAUAUGCUACUGCCCUGUCAAAGCUACAUUAAAAUCCUGGAUUUUCUCUGUUGUUUUCUCUGGGAAACAAUUUCUGCUAAGGUAGACCAGGGUGGGGUGGAGCAAGUUUAAAAACAAACCAGGAAGUCCAUUCAAAAUAUGCUAAGCAGUCAUUCUUUCAUCACCUGAAUCUACAGGGGAAAAAACUAGAGUAGCACAUGUUCCAAGCAAGAUCUCCCCACAAACUUCUUCAAAAUAAACCAGGAAGUCCUUUCUCUUGGGUUUAUAUGAUUCUAGAUUCCCCUCUAGCACUUGCCAAUCAUAGAUAUGACUCGCUGCCCUUACAUAAUAUAUCUUGUCAAUGUAGUCUAUAAAGUCAGCAGAUUAUAUGAUUGCAUAAAUAAUGGAAUUGCUCUGUUCUUUAAACUUGCAUUUCUCUCUCUUUCUGUGUGCUACCAUUUUGAAUAGCUUUACCCAAAGUGGAUAAAUCCAACAGGUAGGUGUCCCUGCUUUCUAAAUGUACAGUAGAGCUAUUUUGACAACUGUAUUCAUAGUUAGGACCCAAAUGUGGUAAGGGCAAAAUAAAUAUAAAUAAAUAAAAUGAAUGUCCUGUAAGUAAAGGAGGAGAAAAUAUAUUCUCCUCUGCUGAGCCUUUGUCACAGUUGUAAGCUUGGAAAUGAGAUGUGGAGCAGUUAAGUAAGUACCUUUGGAUUGCUAAUGAAGUCUUGUGGGCCUCAACCACAUGUGCUUUUAUAUACUUACUGAGUGCAUUCACAUACAUGCAUGUUGAACUGAGCCCAUGCUAGAUUGUGCACAUCUGUGGGAGACAGUAUGGUUUGUGUGAAGUGUGAUGUUUGCAUGAUGCAAGGUGAAAUACUGUGGUGGCUCAGAUGUGGCGUCAAACCAUACAAACUUAAGAAGGGCCCUCUUAAAUUUGGCCAAAGGCUCAUCUUAAUCCAGCUUCCUGUUCUCACAAGAUGCCCAAGGGAAGCCCACAAGCAGAACCUGAAUGCAAGGGGGCUCACCUAUCUUGCAGUUCCCAGCAACUUGUAUUUAGAGGCAUACAACCUCUGACAGUAGAGUUAGAAUGUAAAGGUAAAGGUAAAGGUAAAGGUACCCCUGCCCGUACGGGCCAGUCUUGACAGACUCUAGGGUUGUGCGCCCAUCUCACUCAAGAGGCCGGGGGCCAGCGCUGUCCGGAGACACUUCCGGGUCACGUGGCCAGCGUGACAAAGCCGCAUCUGGCGAGCCAGCGCAGCACACGGAAACGCCGUUUACCUUCCCGCCAGUAAGCGGUCCCUAUUUAUCUACUUGCACCCGGGGGUGCUUUCGAACUGCUAGGUUGGCAGGCGCUGGGACCGAGCAACGGGAGCGCACCCCGCCGCGGGGAUUUGAACCGCCGACCUUUCGAUCGGCAAGCCCUAGGCGCUGAGACUUUUACCCACAGCGCCACCCGCGUCCCCGAGUUAGAAUAUAGCCAUUACUUAAAAUGCCAUCGCAGUAUUAGGCCCAUUUUUAUUGUUUUAAAUACCAUAUUAUGUGACUGAGGCAUUGUGUUAUUGAUUGAUUGAUUGAUUGAUUGAUUGAGACCAUUUAUGUAGAAAAGCAGUCUGUAAAUAUUGCAAAUUAAAUAAACAAAUUUUGGCUAGUAGCCACUGAUGGCUUUGUCCUUUGUGGUUUGCCAUUUCCUGAAGAAGCAGUAGGAGUCUUGGGUGCUCACACUUCGUCUGAACAAACAAACCAUGGUUUGCACUUGCAAUACAGAUUAUGAUCAGACAGCACAGUUUGGUCUUGGUUUGCAGGUCUUGCACAAACCAUAGAUUACUCUUUCACAUCUAUGGCUUAUUUCAAAGUAGGUUUGGAAGCCAGGAAAUAUUCCACUUUUGCAGUUCUUGAUUUCCAUAUUACCUAUAUCAAUACCCUCUUCAAAAAACCUCUGAAUUAAUUAUUUGGCAUGGAGUUGCUGAAAAAAUGUGGAGGGUAUUAUUGUACAGAUUGUAUAAGUUUCCUGCUAGUGUAUUGUGUGAGAUAAUGUAAUGUUUUCUAACUACCGUAUUUUUCUGUGUAAGAUGCCCCCAUGUAUAAGAUGACUUCUAUUUUUUUGAACCCCAAAUUAAUCAAUAUUUUAAACCGCGCCAACACCUGCCAUCGGCCAAAGUUGUAGAGCUUUUUGGGGGGAGAUUGCCUGGAUCAUGGUGGCAAUACUGUUGACAUUUGCUCUAUAAAUUGUAAAUGGUAUGUGUAUAUUAUAGCUGAAGGAAAUGUAGCUGUACAUAUGUAUAGUCUUUUCAGAGACUGAUGUAGUGAAGUAAUGACCUGCAUGGUUCAUUGAAUGGAAGCUUAUAUGAAAACUGUACACACUUCCAGUUUUUUAAAUAAAUUUGAUUCCUAUUGGUUUUGGUACUAAGCAAUGUUCCUUCAGUUAUGCAGGGUGGUUGCUAUUGUUCUUGGCAGUUUUUAAGUUUCAGUAGGCAUAGUUGAAAUAUUUUCUUCCUAACCAAGACAGGUUUAAAACUGAAAUUCGUUUGAUGCUUUUUCAUAAAAUGGGUUCAUAAAUUUAUCUUUGAACUAACAGGAAAAAAAUAUUUUAAAGGACCUGAUCCAUGUCUGUUGAAAUAAAAAAACUGUAUUAAUUACAUUUGGAUUUUGCUUCAGAACUAUUAAGUCAGAAAUUCUAAUGCUAAAAUAAAUUAAAUGAGCCAUUUCUAUUUUACAGGGAUAUAUGUGGAAGAAGGGCCACAAAAGGAAAAACUGGACAGAACGUUGGUUUGUUUUAAAACCCAGUAUUAUAUCGUACUAUGUUAGUGAAGACCUAAAAGACAAAAGAGGAGAGAUUAUACUGGAUGGCAACUGUACUGUAGAGGUAAAAAAAAUGCAUGCAAUGUAAAAGUACACACUGGAAUGCCUGCCCCCCUCCCCCCACAGAGGCAAUAUAAUUUCAACUUUUCAACUUUUCUAUGCAGGCAAUUGAGAAUACAUCUUUCCACAAUGGCUAAUUGCUGUCUUUGCUUUUAACUUCUUUCACAUGGUUUUUACUGUAUGGUUUUAUGCAUUUUUUGUAUGUAAACUCAUUUGAUGCUCUUUUAUGAAAUUGCGGUAUAUAUAUGUUUUAAAUAAAUAAAUAAAUAAUUUAGCUUUUUCUUUUAAUAACUAUCAGCAUAGUGGAAUAUUUAACAGAAUAGUCACCAUCUGUAUGGUUACAUCCCAGUAUAGAGAAACACAUAAAGAGGACACAGAUCUCUUGCUGGAGUGGGCUGCUCUCUUAAUUCCAAUGGGGGGAGGUAGACAUUUAUGUGUAUUGCAGAUCUUAACUGCUUGGAACUAUGCUGUUUGUGUGAGGAAAUGUUGGGUUAGGGUGAUAGGCUUUAGGAACGAGUGCGUAUGAAACCAGCAAGAACUAAUGAUAGUAACGUGCUCAGCCGUUUAGCAUAAGUGUAAAAUGCAUUAAUAGCUAUGAAUAUUAAUCACGAAAUGGUUGUAAACCCAUUGCUGGGCAAAGAAGCUUCCUGUAGUCCUACUGACAUAGGAAAGAGAAUAUCAGGAGCAGGUGCCCCUGUUACGUUGCUCCAGUUUCGUUAUUGCCAUUAGCAAAGUUAAUCACUGUGGUUGUGGCGAAUCAUAGGUGUUAUCUAUGAGAUGAGCAAGUAGUGUUUGUUGUGCUAGCACAUGUCCCUGCAAAGGCUGCUUUGGGGGUUGGAUGCGUCUUACCCAAUGCAUGCAGUCUUUCUUUUGGUCCCCUGCCGUACACUUAGCUCAGUGACUGUGGGGCUAUUGCAGUCUCCAUGGCAGACUUCAGUAUGUCAGGGUUGGGCUGCCCAGAACAGAAAAAAAUAACUGUUUUUGUAGAAAUAUUCUGCUUAGUGGUCAUGCUUGCGCUUGUGCCCAGCCUUGGUCACUGAGAAGUUAUAGCUAUAGUGUGAAGAUGCUCAAAGGUACAGGGCAAUAGCCUACUAUUCUCAAACUUUGUCAAUAGAUUACCAUGUUAUUAUUCCAUGUUACAUUACAGAAAACAGGAGAAAAAAAUUUCCCUAAAUUUUUACUAGCAGACUGUUUUUAGACAAAUGUUAUUAAUUUAUUUAUGAAGACAGGAGUGCCUGGCGUGCUCUGGUCCAUGUGGUCAUGAAGAGUCGGACACGACUAAACGACCAAACAACAACAAUGUUAUUUAUUAAUGCUUAUUUAUACACAAGCAGGGAAUGGUGUCCAUAUAUUUUAUUAUUAUGAAUAUAUAUAUAUAUAUAUAUAUAUAUAUAUAUAUAUAUAUGGUUCUUGGGUGUGCAUUUUUCUCUGUUUGAUUCUUCUGAGCUAACUUUUACUAGAAGAUACAUAUUUGCAAACUUUUGUGUAUGCAAUGAUAUAUUGUGUUGUUAUUGUAUUGUUAUUUAAAAGGAAAUUAUUUUUCUAUAAUUAGGCUUUGCCUGACAAAGAUGGAAAGAAAUGUCUCUUUCUUAUAAAAAGCUUAGAGAAAUGUUUUGAGAUUAGUGCCUCUGAUAAGAAGAAGAGGCAGGAGUGGAUUCAAGGUGAGAAUGACGUUUCUAUGUUAUUACACGCACCUUUGGGAGUUUAAGACUAGCUGGGGAAAGCUGUGAAAUAUGUAAUAUGUUUGGACUGUGUAAUGAAUUUAGGUAUGUGAGUAUACGUGGAAAAAAUAAUACUUUUAAAAAAUCAGGAACAGCAGAAAUAAUCUAAUUUUUUUUGCCAGGUCUUCAUGUACACUACAUAGCAAUCUAGUUUUGUUAAAUGUUUUUUAUGUGUUAUUUUAUUUUAUUUAUAUACUGCCCUCCAUCACAAAAUCUCAGGGUGGUUCAAAGAAUAAAAUAACAAGAUAAAAAUACAAAUAAAUAAUUAAAACAAAAACAACAAUAACCCACCUCCCCACAGACAUAUUCAAAAGGCUGUUAAAGUAUAACUGUAAGGAAAUUUUGAAAUAAACGUAAGUAAAUACAGAAAAAAUUGGAUAUCUAGAAGAAUGGAGAAAAGGAAAGGAACCAUAGAAGGAGAGGAGGUAGAAGUCAAGUUAAUUUGUAUGUUUUAAAAUUUGUAACUUUAUUUGUUGUAAAAUAAAAAAUGAUAAAUAAAAUAUCAAAGGAAAAAAAGAAAAAGAAUGGCUGAAGGAAUAUUAAUCAGCCAAAGGCCUGGUUGAAGAGGAAUGUUUUCCUGGCACCUAAAAAUAUAUAAUGAAAUAUAUAAUUAUAUUGGCAUUAUAAGAUGAAAAUGAGUGGCAUUAUCAUUUAGGCUGGCAAACUAGGAUCAUCCCUUCCUUCUUCACUUUGGAUUAGAACCAGAGGAUACACCAAUCCAUUAUUAACCUAUGAUGUGUUUCACAUGCCACGCAUGAAACCUCACAUGCUGCCCGUCCUCUUACAGUCCUUUUUCAGUGUCAGUCUGGAAACUUGUAUGGGUCUUUGAUUAUCUUGUUUCAGAAAUAAUACUGAAUUGUGAACUCAGUAAGAUUAGCAGCUAUAAAUACUUCCGCUCUCCUGAUAAGAACAGCUAUUAUCAAUAAGUUCAACACUGUUGCAAUAAAAAAAUGAGUCAUCACUACACAUUACAGAAUUUCAUUUAUUCUGUAUGAAGCUGGGUUGGGCUUUUUUGCAGAAGUCAUUGUAAAUGGUACCUUUUAAAUCUCUGUCAUUUAGCAAGAACUUAAUUUAAUAUGAUAGACACUAAAAAGUACCGUGUACUAAUAAUUGCAGCAAUCUGAAUAGUGAAGAAUGUCUCAGUUCUGAAAAUGGUACUUUUGUAAUUUUCCCUUGUCUACACACUCUGCGUCUCUCACUAACCACCCCCACCCAAAAGAAGCAACAAAGUACAGAAAUAAACUAGCAUUUGACUUUUGUGGUAUUGAAGCUGUCACAGCUAUAAUUAUAUCAGUUGAUAACUGGGCUGCUUGCUUAGCAGCGGAGUGUGCUGGUAGUACAGAAAAUACAGGCUAUGUUUUUAGAGUCCCAGUUUAGAAAAUUAUGGGCUUUAGGCACUAAAAUGGAGAAUGAAGUCAAGCAGUAUUGGAGGACCACCACAGUUGUGUCUAUAUUUAAUGCUAGUUUAUAAGAAAACAAGCCUUAAAGUAACGAGCUGCAAACCUCCCAGACCUGUUUCUUAGGAUGUGUCGGUAUAGGGAGAGUUGGAAGCGGUGGGUUCAUAGCAGGUUUGGACUUGAGAGACCUGUGUUCAAGCCUUAAGCUCAGCCAGAGAUCAACUUGACUUAUAAUGGAGUACUCAUUGCUAAAUAUAAGUUUAUCUGUUAUGCAAAGUCUUACACCCAUGUGGUGCUCCUGAAUUAAAACUUUUUAAUGAUACAAAACAAGAAGCCAUAUAUGACAAAAGCAUUAGCUCACCCCUGUUUUUGUUAACUGGUACUGUACUGUACUAUAACUUCCUUAGUCCUCCUAUACAUAUGUCUAACAUAACCUAGAAACUGUGAGUGCAACUGCAGAAGAAUCUUCCUUCUAAGCCUGACCACUAGUCCCAUCUUUCUACCCCAGAAUUAUCUUCUCUGCCAGGUUGGCUCUGCUGCAUUUUGGACUUCCUAUCCUAUUCCUUUGCAAGGACUUCCACUUGCACAAAAGGGUUUUCCUCCUCAUGAACCCAAUGGCUUUGGUGGGGUUAGGAGAACCCCCAGAACAAUGGGGGUUGGGAGAAGUGAGACCAUUUCAUCUGAGAAGUUGAAUUGCUUUCCCUGAUGGAAUGAUAAACUUAGAAGGACAUUAAAUUCCUCCAGUUAACUUGAGCUUGGUCCCAAUGCAUUUAGUGAGAGUUUCAUGGAAUUAAAGAUAGCUAGGUUCCAUUAGGCUGCAAUCCUGGGGCCUGGGAAGUAUCCCCCCCCCCGGCUCUUCCUUGCCUUACUACUGUAUUUUGUGUUCUGUAACGAUUGAGCCUUUACCGCCACAUCUCACUGGCAUCACCACAAUCUGACUACCUACACAGUGGUUGGGUUUGGUGACAAAAUAUACUUCAGCCUCCCACACCACUCUGUGGAGAACAGGAAUAAAUAUAAAUACUGAUAUUCUUGGUUUGGUGACCACAGUGUAGGGCAGAGCUUUCCAAACUUUUCAUGUUGGUGACACACUUUUAAGACAUGCAUCAUUUCUCAACAUAGUAAUUCAGUUUUACUAGCAAACCGGAGGUUAAACUAACCCCUUUCCAGCCUCAGGGGGAGCGCGGGGAGUCGUCACAUGACACAGCUAGACACUGCAGCUGACACACUAAUGUGUCGCGACACACAGUUUGGAAAGCUCUGGUGCAGGUAGUUAAAGCAGCAUUAAAAGUCUAGAUGGCAUCAGACCUAACAGCUGCAGGAAAGGAAUUUGUAUACUUAGAAACAAUAUUCUUGUUGAUAAAUGGAUCAUGUGCAUUGUCUCCUAUCUCAAUUAAAACAGCUAUUCAGACAACCGUAAAUCUGUUGAGAUUAAGUAGCCCUCCACCUCACAAGGAGGCACGACAGAAACGUAAAGAGCUACGCCAGAAAUUGCAGGCUGAACAAGAAGAACUAGAAAGGCAGAUGAAAGAGCUCCAAGUGGCAAAUGAGAAUAAGCAGAAGGAACUGGAGACUGUUCGAAAGGUGGGUGCAGGCUGUGGGUCACGUUCUAUGUGUCUUUCCAGAAUGCACUGUUAAAUAUUGUUACAAAUUGUGCUUCUUAGCAGAAUGUAUGUUCCCUGAUUGCAAAUAUUGAAACAAUGUAAUACAAUCUCCUGGCACUAUGCCCUAAAAAAAAUAAUCUGUCUCAAAUAAUCAAGCUCUGUGAAUUGGCCUGUUCCCAAAUCAAGCAUUCAGGGAAGAAAGGGUGGUGGUGAAAAUGAUGCUUCUUCAGAUUUCUGUUCCUGUAUUACCCCAGGAAACUGAAUAUCUCAAACAAUUCUUCUUGAUUAGAUGUUCUUUCUCUCUCUCCAAGAAACUCUCCCAAGUUUUUCUCCACCACGCAAAGCGACGGAGCUUGUGUGUCUUGAGCAACAACCACUCUCAUUUUAAAGCUCACGCAAAACAGAAAUGCUAAAUAAUAAAGCCCCCAAGGUAUUUUAUUGAGAUGGGUCUGAUGUAAAAGUGUUGCAAUAUCAUUCCAGUAAUCUGAACAUGGUUUACUUUGAUUGUCUUCCAGUCAAGGGGAGGUAGGUUCCUGAAUGGUGACAGGCACACAGUUCAACCUGAAGGGAAUUUACAGAUCUGGGAGAAGAUAAAAGCUUCAGGUCCUUUGCAUUUCCUUCCUGCUUUAUUUACAUAUGCAUGGGCAUAUUGUGCACAAAAUAUAAUAGAACUGUGCUUCAUAUUAAUGAAACGAGGCUCGGGCCUCACUAGCUAACUAGAUCACAGUGAUGUCAGAAUGGUUAUGGUAUUUCCACAGCUGAAAUGUGAUAUAUGCAUAGAGCCGUAUCCAGCAUUCUCUGUCCACUAGCACAGCCCUUCUGCUGGCGGAGUUUAAAGGUUGUGCUACAAAGGAAUCCAAUGCAACAGUUGUGUUAGUUGACGCUUGUUGUAUAUCAUCUGAUUUGUGUGUGUGCAAUGUACUUGUGUUUUCCCUUGUACAACAGCUGAUUCUUGUUGUGCAAUCUGUUGCACAAUAAUGUUUGGUUAUUCAGUUGUGUGUUUCCUUGCACCACAACAUUUCACCACUAUGUACUACUAAGUGACUUUAACUUUGUGCUACAUAAGAUAAAAACCCCUAGUCCAAGACAGCUUGAUUAUUAGUAUAGUCCAAGGGUAGAGAAUUUGCAGUCCUCUAGAUGUUGUUGGGGUACUUCAUUCCUGGCCAGUAGCUGUACUGCCUAGAGCUGAGGGCAACUGCAGUCCAGAAACAUCUGUAGGGCCACAGGUUUCCUAACCCAGUGUAGUCUGGAAACAGGACAUUUUGCUGUCUAAAUGCACAACAGAAAAACUUUCAUAAUAGUGUCCUUCACUCCAGCAGGACAGAAUGCAGAGGUGCAGGGGUUUCCCCUUCACAUGUUAAACCAGCCUCUGAUGGAAGAAGGGAGGAUUUCCAGUGGCAGAAAAGAAAACUGGAACGUACUACCGGGUAGUAGCAGGGGUGCCAACUUGAAUAAAAUAUUGUGGGGGCCCAGGUAAGCCCCACCCUGCAUAAUCAAUCACAUUAUGCAGUGCACACACCAUUUGAAUGGGAAUGCCCAUCAACUUUGUGGGGGCCUGGCUCCUCAAAUAUUUUAGGAGUUGGCUCCUAUGACUAGUAGUUAGUAUACAAGCAGUAGUGAAAGUGGAAGUGUGCAGCAAUGAACAGAUGCAAAGGACUAGGAGAAACGUCGUCUGGCAUUUUGUCUCUUUGGCAGGUUGCUGAGGGUACAGACUUUUUGGAAAUCUGCAUGCUGGGUUUUAAACACCUGUGAUAGAUGUGAAGUCUCAGGGAUUCAUAAAUGGGAGAGUUUAAAUUAGUAGCAUAUUAAGCACCUAAUUCAGACCCACAGCUGAAUUGUUGACAGAGGGCAUAUUUGAAUCGUACCAGUGAAGGAUUGAAGAUCUGAACUUGUCUUACUUCACCCAGUGCAGCCACCACUUCAAAGAUGCUGGUCACAGGCCAUGCAGCUUAUCCAAACCCCACAGCUACAUCUCUCCCCACCCCACACCCUACCACAAUCACAUAGACUGAGAGUUAUGGGAUCAGGAGGAGUGCCAUAGUGAACAGGGAACUGUGUUUUGAUAUUACAGUGGAACCUUGGUUCUUAAACUUAAUCCGUUCUGGGAGUCCCUGAGACUCCUGAAACUGUUUGAAAACCAAGGCACAGCUUCUGAUUGGCUGCAGGAGCUUCCUGCACUCAAGCGGAAGCCGCGUCAGCCGCGUCAGAUAUUUGGCUUUCGAAAGAUGUUCCCAAACCGGAACACUUACUUCCGGGUUUGCUGCGUUCAGGAGUCAAUUUGCUCAGGAGCCAAGCCAUUUGGGAACCAAGGUACCACUGUAGUACAUUAUUUUCAGGUGGCACUAAAAGGACAAAGCAGUUACCAUUCAUAAGUCUUGGGUCCAGCUCCCCAGUCUUCUUCCUUUGUUGUGUAAAGUAAAGUAGCAAUGCAUACUUUCUCACCUUGACACAGCAAAGUUUGGCUAAAAAGGGGGCUGGGAGUAUGUGUAGGAGAGACAUGCAGGGAUCCAAAGCACACAGGCUCUUCAGUCCUCUAAAGAAUAGCUCCAGAAAGGUUGUUGCUAAUGUUGGAAGGAAGGAAGGAAGGAAGGAAGGAAGGAAGGAAGGAAGGAAGGAAAAAAAUCAGACACUCCCCCAUCUAUGCACGGAAGCGUUUUAGUAUAGGCUUCUCUGGGCUCCAGCCUUUGCCAGAAAAACAGAGAACCAAAGUAAUACCGGCCCGUGCCUUCCGCAUGAGUGUGUGCAUUAAUUUUUGGUAAUGCCUAUUCUCUCCCAUGUUUUUGUGGGGCUCAGAGUAUGCUUAUCUGCUUAUCUGCAGAGUGGCUUAUCUGCUUUUGAUAGGACCAUCAUUUUGGCAUGUGGCACUAUUUACUUGCUUAGGUGUGGUAAACUAAUCUUAUAUCCUGUUUGACAGGUAGUGAUGGUGUAACUUUCUCCUGUGUGCUGUUGUUUGUCUGUGUGCUGUUCUCUGGUUGAUGUGAGUUACUUGGUUAGGAAUGUUUUAAAUGUAGUCUCAGUAAGGUCUGCUAAACUACCUCACCAUUUCAGACCUUUCAAUCCUUACAGCUUCAUGAUUCCAGGGCCUGAGACUUAUCUCAGCUUAAUUGAAGAUAGUUGUUUUGAUUUUUAAUCUAUAUCCCACCCUUCAAAAAUAUGUUGUUUCCAGAUUGAUUUACAAACCGUUAAAAUGAAAAUACAGUUUUAAAAACCAAAUGCCACAGCAAUAAAGUAAGAAAUAGUCGAUCUGUAUCUGUGCAUAUAGACAAAUUAGUGGGAGCUAUCUAGUUCUUUCUUCUCUGGCACAGCAACUCGAGGAAGCUGCAGCUCGAGCUUCAGAAGAGGAGACCAAACGUCUGCAGACUCAAAUGGAAUUGCAAGAUCGAUUCAGUCUUGAGCUGGAGAGAGAGAAAAUGGUAAGUUCAAGGAGAGUAAGGCUACAUUCAGACAGCGCUUCAUUCUAUCUUCCCAACAUUUUCUUUACUUUGAAUUUCUAUGUUUUAUGGGAUCUUCCACACAAUGUAAAAGCGACUUCUGGAAAUCUGGUGAAAGUUUAGUGCUCAAUUCCAUGUUGUUGUUUUUAGUAAAAUAUUUUUUUUGUUUGCAACUCCAUUAACUUGGAAAACCAUGGGAGUUUUACGCUGUGAUAUUCCCAUGGCUUUCAUGAUCAUGCCGCCACUGCACACGUAAUGAGAUUUGGGCCAUGCAGUUCAAAAGUUUAGCACAACAUGGUGAUAUUUUGAUUUAAAAGCCACAGUUCCAUAAUGCAACAGGUCCUGCAGUGGUAAAAGCAACAUUAGAAAUUGGGACAGAAGCACUAGCAUCAUAACUUGUGAAACUAACAUAAUCAAACUGCAUCUGACUGCAUCCCAGGUCACUAAGUCAGUAAAAUAAAACAAUAAAAAGAGCAAAGCAACCAGUAAGUGAGGCAACCAAAUAAAAAUUCAUAUGUUGUUGAUUCAGGAUUCUGCUGAGUGAUGUAUUUCUGAACUUGACCAGCUAACUGGCACAGAGGAAUUAGGGCACAUCAAGGAGUGGUAUCAUUGUGUGUCUUUUCCUCAAGAUCUGUCUGUUUAGAUUGUAAACUUGUGGGCAGUUGAGUCAGUGUCAAUGUUGUGUCAUACUGUACAGUGCCUUGUUUUUUUGGGCACAAGAAAUAAACAUUAGCUUGUGCAGAAUGGAAGGAACAGUAAGGGGGAAAUGACAAAAUAGAGUUGGGUCAGAGAGACUGCUUUGAAAGCAAAGAAGCUUGAAAUGGGCAGGCAAACUGUGCAAUGGUAAGGCAGUGUUUCUCAAACUUGGGUCUCCAGCUUUUGUUGGAUGACAAUUCCCAUCAUCCCUAGCUAGCAGGACCAGGGGUGGGAGUUGUAGUCCAACAACAGCUGGAGACCCAAGUUUGAGAAACACUGCCGUAAGGAGACAGAUGACGUCAUAGUGACAGGAGAAAGGUGUAUGGCAUCUUUGAAUCUGCUGAAGGAUAAUGUAGCAGGAACUAAGGCAGUAGCAGCUGGUGAGGUGUGGUGGCACCCACCUGUCCUUCACCCACCUGCUGAGCUGCUGCAGCAUACUGGGUGACAUGAGAAGGCAAACACACUGUUGAAGCCAAUCUGGUACUCCUACUGGUCUACCACAAAGACCUCACUGCUCCCUUGCCCCUCUCCAUCCCGGUAUGUAGCAGUUACAUGGACAAACAAGGGACCAAGUCAGUACCUUUUCAGUGUAAUGAUGAAGGGGUUAACUAGGUCUUAUCAGUUAAUCAUCUGAGUUUUAAAGUUUACAUAACAUUUAAUAUUUCAGAAGCCUGCAGUUUCAUUUAAAAUGUAAGAAACAAAGGUAUGGUGAUCAUUGCUGGAAGUAAAGGCAAUUUUUAAUAUUUUGUAUUCCAUCCCUCCAGUAUCGUAAUGAACUUAGAACCAAAAUAGCUCGAAGAAGGGGCAAGUUCUAGCUGUUUAAUUUGUGAGUCUAAAAAUGAUCUAUCUUAAUAAAUAGAUUAAAGCUUGACUAUCCAAAUUAAUAAUAGGUACAUAGAAACAAGGCGGGGAUUGCAGCAAUGUUUGGAAAAGAAAGGGCCAAGAGGUUUAUUUGCUGAUGAAAAGGAAAAAUCACAGCUGCAAACUUAUGAGGGUUUGGGGGAUGGGAGACCUGGUGGGCAGAUGGAAGGAUUCCUCCCUUCCUCCCUUUCUCCCUUUCUCCCUUUCUCCCUUCCUCCCUUCCUCCCUUCCUCCCUUCCUUCCUUCCUUCCUUCCUUCUUUCCUUCCUUUCUCUCUCUCUCUCUUACAUAAAAGGAUGAAUUCUGUUAUUGGUUGUGAAGUAUGAUGAAGCAUCCUUCUCUUCCAUAUCACCAGGUGAGACAGAAAAUGGAAGAACAGGUAGCCCAGAAGUCAUCUGAGCUAGAACAGUACUUGCAGAGAGUCCGAGAACUCGAGGAAAUGUAUAAGCAGCUACAGGAGGCCUUGGAGGAUGAAAAACAGGCACGCCAGGAUGAGGAGACUGUCAGGAGACUUCAGGCCAGGUCAGUAUAUAUUUUCAUAGUAAUAGGAAUAAAAUCUUAGGCUACUCUGUACUUCAUACUGAGUGAGACGGUUGCCAUUCAUGUAUCUAAUCGAGGGGAAUGCUUGAAGAGAGAGAGAUUUGGGAGUGACAAAGCAAUCUGAAUAUCUCUGCAGUCAGGCAGAAUUCUCUUGUCCUUGAAUCAUUGUAUUUUCUGCCUCUGGCAUUCAGUAGCAUGGGUGACAGCGAACUGAGUCUCUCAGCCCAGAGCUGUCUGUCAGUCAAGAGACAGAUUUUGUGAAAUCUGAUGGGUGAAGUCUGUAAACAGAGCUAUAGGCUGAAGUGGGUGAUGAAAACAUCCCAUGGGCAUCGGCUAAUCUUAUAUGGGAGAUUAUUUAUACUCCAAGCAUGGUUGCCAAGCAGGAUGGGAACAUGACAGCAAAAAACUCCUCCCACUGACCUGUUCUACACAACUCUUUAUUAGUUCUGGAGAAUAACUGUGUCUAUUUUUUAUAGUUAAUCAAAUUGAUAGAUAGUGAUGUUCCUAAUGUAUACACUCUUUCCCAACCACUAUAAACUCUUUCUAGACUACUGGAGGAAGAAUCUACAAAGAGACAAGAACUGGAGAAAUGGCAUUUGGAGCAGCAGCAGACCAUUGAGGUGACUGAAGCAGAGAAGCAGGAGUUGGAAAACCAGAGAAUGAUGAAGGAACAUGCUCUUCAAGUUGCACUGCAACAGUUAGAACAACUGGAACUGGAUAGGAAGGAAGCACUGGAACAAUACGAGGUGAGCUAGUGCAAUAUUUUAGGUAGUAAAAUUUUUGGGCAGUGGCAAUAGCAGAAAUCUCCUAUCAUUUGAGUGUCCGCGUAUUGUUAAUGCUUAAACCAAUCUAAUCUUGCUUUAGGAGGUCAAAAAGAAGUUGGAAGUUGCAGCAAACAAGACCAAGAGUUGGAAAGAUAAAGUUGCUCACCACGAGGGACUAAUUCGAUUAAUUGAACCAGGUAGGAAAGUACAGUUUUCAUUCAUGAAUCCACACAUGAGUGGUGCUAUUUUUAUCUCCAGUAACCUAUUGUGGUUUCCAAGAAGUCUGAACUGCUACUGAGUCAGCCUGGGCUGCACUUCCUGUUAGUGAACUGGGAAAUGCUGCAGACUGGAAAACAUGAUUUUUAUUUUUAUUUUUAAAUCUGAAUAAAGGGGACUGUGCUGCAAGCAAACAAUGCCAGCUGAGACUGUAGGUGCCUGCAUGGCAAGACUCCUCACAAGCACUCUUUGGUAGGGGCUUCACCCCUAUUUAAAUGAUAUAUUGCAUUUAUUUUAUACAGCAGGAUUGUAACUUGCACGCAUUUAACCUAGGUUAUCACAGCUUUAUGCGUUUGGCGGCCGGCAACCUGAUAUCACACAACUUAAAUGCAUGCAAGACAGGGAGCUAAAAGCUGUCAGAAAUGCUUCCUGGGCUCUGGGAGCCUCUUGCGUGGGCUCAUUGGGCUGUCCAAGAUCUCAUCAGAGCUUCCCAGAGCCCAGUAAGCAAGGCGGAGUGCUUAAAAGCUGUUUGUGCACUGUGUUUCCCCACUGUGGAAAGCCCUUUUAAGCUCUCAGACUCUUAACGGGCUCAGGGAAGGUCUCGUGCAGACUCUGGGAGGCUCCCACGAGAUCUCUCAGGAGUCUCCCAGAGCCCAGUAAGAAUGGUGGAGAACCUAAAAGCUCUUUGUCUUGCAUUGCGGGCCAGGCCCACUCGGUGUGCUGGCUUCAGAAAAGUAGAGAUGUUUGUGUUUGUGUGUGGUUCUGGAGUUGUUCUGACUGUAUGCAAUUUUGGCUUUACACACAAUCCCCCGGAACAUAAUUUCUGCAUAAGAAGUGAUCCUACUGUAAUUAUAUUUUAUAACCCACCUGGGAUAGCUUGUCAAGGAAGUGAAAUGAAAUUAAUAAAGAAAAUGGCAAGUCCUAGGCGGUAACACAAUCCCCUGGUUUUGUUUUGAUUAUUUCUGUAACAUGUUUCACAUUCCAGCUGUGUGGAGAUCAUACUCUAGUUUUGUUCUUAUCAGCUACGAGGUGCAUUCUAGUUCAAUUUAAGCUUCAGCAGGGUACUUCUUAGUGUUUUUCCUGAAGCGAGGAAGUUGCUGUUUCAAUUUCCUAUUUAAUCAUCCUUGUUGAGUAAAAACAUAAUGAAGGAAAUACGUGAUAUAUCAGCAAGCACUAACCGUUCCUAUGAGCUUAAUUUAUUGGUUCAGCAAGAGUCAGGUUACUGAGUUAAAUUCUAAUAAGAAAUAUGCUGCUGCUUCAGUUGGCAUUAGGGUAAGAGCUUCUCUGUUACUCACCGUGAUCCCAAAACUAUUUGAAAAGCUGGUGGAUCUUGGAGAAUUGGCUCUGACACAUCAUUACUAAACAAAUUUAUUUGACAGAAUUUCCGCAAAAUAGAAUUAAACUGAUUUCCAAGAAAAUGUGUGCGAGAUAAAAUCCUAUCUACGCUUCCAUAGUAAUUUAUUUAUAAAAUCCAUAUCUUGCUUGUUCUGCAAAGCAAAAGUUCAAUACAUUUUACAAUAACACAAACCCAUUAAUUCUUAAAUAUUUUCCCCAUGAUAAGCCCAGAACAGUACUUGACUGAUAUUGGGCAAUUGUUCCCUGCUUUUCUGGGGUUAUUUGAUGUCCAUGGCUAAUAUUAACCAUUUGUAAAUACAUACAUACAUACUAUGAGUGGACGUCUCAUAAAUGAAGCCCAGGUUGGAGAGAAGGCUGAUAAUUCCUGACUCCAGGUGGCCCAUUGGCACAAACUACAGUUUGUGUACUGAGAAACUGGGCUCCAGGUAGCACAGCAUGAAAAAAGGAAGAUGUGAUCAGCAGUGAGCUACAUUACCUAACUUUUUGCCUAGCUACAUAGUAAUAUAAUAAUAAUAAUAAAUAAUAAUAAUAAUAAUAAUAAUAAUAAUAAUUUAUUAUUUGUACCCCGCCCAUCUGGCUGGGUUUCCCCAGCCACUCUGGGCGGCUUCCAACAAAGGUGAAAAAUACACUAAAAUGUCACAUAUUAAAAACUUCCCUGAACAGGGCUGCCUUCAGAUGUCUUCUGAAUGUCAGGUAGUUGUUUAUCUCUUUGACAUCUGAUGGAAGGGCGUUCCACAGGGUGGGCGCCACUACCGAGAAGGCCCUCUGCCUGGUUCCCUGUAACUUGGCCUCUCGCAGUGAGCGAACCGCCAGAAGACCCUCGGAGCUGGUCCUCAGUGUCCAGGCAAAACGAUGGGGGAGGAGACGCUCCUUCAGAUAUACUGGACCAAGGCAGUUUAGGGCUUUAAAGGUCAGCACCAACACUUUGAAUUGUGCUCGGAAACAUACUGGGAGCCAAUGUAGGUCUUUCCAGACCGGUGUUAUAUGGUCUCGGCGGCCGCUCCCAGUCACCAGUCUAGCUGCCACAUUCUGGAUUAGUUGUAGUUUCCGGGUCACCUUCAAAGGUAGCCCCACGUAGAGUGCAUUGCAGUAGUCCAAGCGGGAGAUAACUAGAGCAUGUACCACUCUGGCGAGACAGUCUGCAGGCAGAUAGGGUCUCAGCCUACAUACCAGAUGGAGCUGGUAAACAGCUGCCCUGGAUACAGAUUUGACCUGUGCCUCCAUGGACAGCUGUGAGUCCAAAAUGACUCCCAGACUGUGCACCUGGUCCUUCAGGGGCACAGUUACCCCAUUCAGGACCAGGGAAUCCUCCACACCUGCCCGCCUCCUGUCGCCCAAAAACAGUACUUCUGUCUUGUCAGGAUUCAACCUCAAUCUGUUAGCCGCCAUCCAUCCUCCAACCGCCUCCAGACACUCACACAGGACCUUCACCGCCUUCACUGGUUCUGAUUUAAAAGAGAGGUAGAGCUGGGUAUCAUCCGCAUACUGAUGAACACCCAGCCCAAACUUCCUGAUGAUCUCUCCCAGUGGCUGCAUGUAAAUGUUGAAAAGCAUGGGGGAGAGGACAGAACCCUGAGGCACCCCACAAGUGAGAGCCCAGGGGUCUGAACACUCAUCCCCCACCACCACUUUCUGAACACGGCCCAGGAGGAAGGAGCGGAACCACUGUAUGACAGUGCCCCCAGCUCCCAGCCCCUCAAGACGGUCCAGAAGGAUGUUAUGGUCGAUGGUAUCAAACGCCGCUGAGAGAUCCAGCAGAACUAGGAAACAGCUCUCACCUUUGUCCCUAGCCCGCCGGAGAUCAUCAACCAGUGCGACCAAGGCAGUUUCAGUCCCAUGAUGAGGCCUGAAUCCCGACUGGAAGGGAUCCAAAUGGUCAGCUUCUUCCAGGCGUGCCUGGAGUUGUUCAGCAACCACUCGCUCAAUCACCUUGCCCAAGAAUGGAAGAUUUGAGACUGGGCGAUAAUUGGCCAUCGUGGCCGCAUCUAAAGAUGGUUUUUUAAGAAGCGGUUUAAUAACCGCCUCUUUCAGCGGAUCUGGGAAGGCUCCCUCACGGAGGGAAGCAUUCACCACCCCACGAAGCCCAUCGCCCAGUCCUUCCCGGCUAGCUUUUAUAAGCCAGGAUGGGCAAGGAUCCAGGAGACAGGUGGUUGGCUUCACUCGUCCAAGCAGCCUGUCCACAUCCUCGGAGGUAACAGAUUGGAAUUGAUCCCACACAACUUGACUAGACAGGACUCUAGCACUCUCCCGCCCUGGCCCUUCUCCCACGGUGGAGUCUACUUCUUCCCGAAUCUGAGCGAUUUUAUCUGCAAAAAACUUUGCAAAAUCAUUGCAGGAGAUCAUGUGGCCCGUACUGGGCCCCGAUGUCGCAGGUGGUUCUGCUAAAUUGUGAACCACCUGAAAAAGUCUCCUGCUGCUGUUUUCUGCAGAUGCAAUAGAGACGGCGAAGAAGGUCUUCGCCGUCGCUAUCGCCACUUGGUAGGCUCGACGUUGAGCUCUAACCUGUGUCCAGUCAGAUUCGGAAUGAGUUAUCCGCCACCGGCGCUCUAGCUGUCUCAACGAUUGUUUCAUUGCCCUCAGAUCCGUGGAAAACCACGGGGCUGUCCGGGCACAUAGGUGCUGUGUAGUUCGUAUAUUAGGGCUCUUCGUUGUAGAAUGACUACGUCAUUAUUUUAACAUUCUUAACACAACAACUAUUCUCUAAUCAUUUUAGUAUGGUGGCUAGAAUAUUGUCUAUCAGUCUUGGAAGCCUGGGUUCAGAUCCCCACCUCAUAGGCUUUAGAGCAUCAGCCACAAUCUUCAGUUCUCAGUUCACCAUUUGGAAAAUAGGACUGACAAGGGAAUUAGGUGCAUGACAUUUUGGGGAUGAGAAGGGUAAUGUUUGCAAAAAAGGUCAAACACUGAAAAGCUGUAUUCUGGUUUAAUAAUAGGCACAGUUGUUCAGAAUUAUAAUGAUCAGGUCCGAUUUUGAACUUGCUAUAUAAUUUUGAAAAACCUAUCACCCUGAAAUGAAAAUGAAAUGAACAUUGUUUGCUAGAUCAGAAACCAAAGAGCAUACAUUGGAUGCACAUCCAAGUGCAGAGAUCUCUGUCCAUGUGCAUUACUUUCGAUGGCAUCUAUAUUAUGGCACAACUUAUUGCAAGUAACUAAGUAAGGCCAGAUCUGGAAUGGGUCAUACCUAUUCAAAGUACUACAAGUAACAUAUUGUGUCUUAUAGGUUCCAAGAAUCCUCACUUGAUCACAAACUGGGGACCAGCAGCCUUCACUGAAGCUGAACUUGAACAGAGAGAGAAGAGCUGGAAGGGGAAAAGGGGCACUUCUGAGCAAUGAAUGGUGUGUGGGUGUGGGUGGGUGUGUAAGAAAUCUAAAAGGAAUAAUUUUAUACCAACUUUGUUUCAAGGUUUCCAUGAACAAGUUGCACAGGACUGCAAACUAUUAAAUGACUGGUGCACAUUAAUGUCUAAUGCAUUUUCAUGCUUGUACACACUGGGAACAUUAUUAUAGCAGAAUUGGCCGGAGGUCAAAAGUGUUGGUUUUCUGCACACAAAUUGUGUUUGAAAUGAAUUCAAACCAGUGGAUCAGUGGUUCUCUAUGGACUGCUUUAAAAUUGCUGAGGAUCUUUGUGGCUCACUCAAUUUUAUUUUAUUUUAUUUUACUUUUUGCACUUAGUGGCAAUUAUAAUGAACUGCAUUAGAUACUGAAUGACUUUUACAAAUUACAUUUAAAUUGCUUCUUUUAAUUCUUAUACAUUGUAUUUUAUUGUAUUCCCUAGAAUUCAAACUGUAAUGCAAUAGAAUAUGAUAUAAGAAUUAAAGGAAACAAUUAAAAACAUUUAAAAAUCAGUAUGAAUAUUGAAAGCAACAGACAUGCCAGUGCCUGUUCAACCACAUAUCCACAGACCACCUGAAUGAAGCUUAUGGAACACCAGCGAUCCAUGGUCCACAGUUUGGCAACCCCAGAUAUAGAUCAGGAAAGUGUGGGGGUUCUAAUUCCCACUUGAUUUUUAGAAUUUGGCACAGGCUUAGGGAAAGGAGAAGUGAAACAAGGACCAAUUGAAAUACCUUUUCAGUUAACAAACUCUGAACUGGUUUGAGGCUGUAACAUAUUAUGUAAACUUUUCAUCUCUGCUUGCUACAGUCCAGAAUCUCCUGGAGAAGCACAGUAGCUUUAGCUGCUAAAACUGUGUUGAAAUUCCCCAGAAUUCCUUUCUCUGUAGAUAUUGGCUGCUAUCUCAGGAAAACAAUUUUGAGGGAGUAGUAUCUUAACAAGCCUGAAGUGUGUAAGGAGAAAGUGGGGGAGUAGCAGUACUUUAAGCAGUUCCUGGGUUUUGUUUGGUUUCUUAUCUUUUAGCAGUAGCUAUCUGCAAAUUUUGGACAACUGUUUGCAGUUUUGAGGAAUAUAUGUUUUGUCUUUCUUGGGAGAAACCUUUUGUCAGAAUUCUGGCAAUCCUUUUCUAUUUCUAGGAAGUCUGCUUAGGAAUUCUUAGCCCAAUACUGGUAAAGUGUAUUCCUGAACAUUUCACUUAACAUACAUUUAAAUAAUUUUUGUAUUAUAAAUUCUUAUAUGCAGUAUUCCUGCUACCUGUCUAGGUUUGGCAGACUGAAAAAUUACAAUGCCAGAAAUAUUGAUGUGCUAGGGAGAUUUUCCCCUCCCCUUGGGUGUGUGCUAAACUUUUCAGAUCAAGCAUUGUGCUUCAAACACAUAUCACUUAAGAAAAAUCAGUAUUGAAAAUCUCUCUCUCUCUCUCUCUCUCUCUCUCUCUCUCUCUCUCACACACACACACACACACACACACACACUAUACAUAUUCACUGUAGACUUGCAUUGCUCAAACUUUUGAUACCUGAGAAGCAGUCUUUCUUUCUGGGUUAAAAUUGAAGGCAUGCUUUGUUCUUCACUCAGAUAUAUAUCUCCAUUCAGCUUUCAAAAUAAUGGACAGUAAUAAUCUGUGCAAAUGCAGGAUAAUAGUGUCAGUCCUAACUGCCAAGUGUUCUGCCCUCCCUUUUACCCAGUGAGUAAGGUGUAGGGGUGGCACUGUGCUUUCUUGAGUAGUGCUAAUGUUUCUAGGAUUCCUCCUCCUCCUGUCCUGUAGGCUUUAAGGAAUCUUGGAGUGUUGCUUGGGAUGCUGCAGCAGCUCAUAUAUUGGUGAGAAAAGGGAAUCAAUGUUGCAUUGGGUGGCAGAUGUUUUUGCCUUUGGCGGCUUAGUUUUUUAGGACACGUUUUGUCAGUCCUUCUCAUGAUGUACAGCUUGGGAAUUACUGCUGACAUUAGGCCUUUCUUUGACUGAAACAAUUUGUGUAACUUACUAUGAAAGUCUAUGGGUGCAAGCCUGUGCAUACUUACCUGGGAGUAAGUCCCACUGAACCUACUGGGUCUUAUUUCCUGAAUAAACAUGCAAAGGAUUGCAUUGUUUGCUAACCAACUACUUCCUGAAUCACAGACACCUGCUCAUGUAAAUUGUUGACUAACUGUUCUUGCUUACCAAACUUGUACAGUUUUUCUGUACAGCCUGAAUAUUGGUGCAGCUAAUAUUUGGUAAAUUAUUUUGACAUAAAUGUAAAAUUUAAUAUUUUAUACUUAAGUGUUUGAAUAUAUAAUAGUAUGUAUUACUCAGUUAUUUGUGCCUUCAUACCACAGGAACAAAAAGUGAUAACCUUGAAGUAGGGUCGGUUCUCUGGAGCUCAUGCCUGGCAGUGGGGAGCACAGAGACAGAACUAUGCAGCUCUUUCCAUUCAUUUGACUGGGAUAUACAUGAGUGCUUCAUGCAAGUUGUCUUGAAGUUCAUGGAUUCUAUCCAGUAAUAAUGCCGGCUGAAGUGUGAUCCCCACACCCAGUGAUUUUGGACUUUUACCAAGUAAGACAGAAGAGCAUCAGCUAUAUUGGGCUAUUUGUGUAAUUAGCUCCACGGUUAUUUUUGUUUUGUUUUCUUAACUGUUUUUUUUAAUUAAAAAAAUCAACAAAUGGUUAUGUGCAUGAAUAUUAAUGAAAUCCAGUUUCUCAGACUUUUAGUUGCUGUACAAUAAGCAUUCUUUUUAUGCUGAUGAUGCAUUCACAUUGAAUUACCAAGACUAGCGCUAAAAUCUGAGAAACAAGUUGGGAUUGUUUUUAUGAUGUCCAAUUUAAUGUGCAGUGUUAAGUUGUAUUAGGUAAUCUAACCGUUAAUAUUUUUCCUUACUGCAGUAGUAUAUUGUAGCAGUUUAAGGAAGCACCAGUAAUUCUUGUUUUCACAUGUUCUGUUCAUUUUUACUAGAGCGUCUAUUAAAACAAAUUAAGUGUAA